UCGUGCUGGUUUAUGAGGUUUCGUUUCUCACUAGUCUGCCUCCAUCCAGCACCCGCAUCUACGGGUGAUUCCUCGUGUUAUAAAUCCGUGUUGCAGAGGUUUAUAAGUGCACACAAUAAGGAUCGAGUCUGCAAUGGAUAAUAGCUCUAUACCUUGGUGGGACAACAUGAAUGAAUCCAUCCCAUCGAGUAUGGAGUCUUACGACUCAUACGAUUUCCACUACGGGGUGUUACUACCAAAUAUAACGGACGGUGAGUGUUUUAUGAUUCAUGUGCUAAACGUGACGGAGGAGAACAUGGGGGAUUUCGUGUACACCACAGCUCAGCGGGUUAUCUUGCUUGCUGUCCUACCAGUCUUUAUGGUGCUUGGGAUCGUAGAUAAUCUUGCCUUUGUCUAUGUAGUCGUCAAGAUACCAGAUAUGAAUACUAUCACCAAUACAUAUCUGAUGAACUUGGCUGUUGCGGACGUGAUCUACCUGACUUUCUCGGUUGGGGAAAAACUGUUAAAGUACAUGGUAUCCCCGGUGUCUGAUGACGAUAAGGUGCUGGGCUUAGCUGGCUGCAUCGGGGUCUAUAUCAUCACAGACCUGGCCUAUUUUGCCGGCCUUUUCUUUGUGACACUCGUCUCAAUCGAUCGUUUUAUGGCAGUUCACCACCCAAUGUCAGGAGGCAAAAAGGGCCGUAAGAACAGACAUUUAAAGCUCAUUACCGGUACAUGGAUGCUUGCUUGCAUCUUGUCGGCAGCGAUGUCCCCUGCUUACGCGGCCUUUGAGGAGUACUGUAUCCUAUGGCCAAAGGGUGAACCUUAUGAUAGUUGGUCUCACGUGGCUGCAGAGUGUGUCAGCGUCUCAGAGUGGUCUAAACCCGUCACACAAGGCCUUCAAACACUCCCAUUCUUUGCUUCAUUCAUCACCAAUGUCAUUCUGUACAUUUUCAUCAUCAAGGGACUAGACCAAUCUAUCGAGAGAUUAAGAAAGCAUGGCUUGAUGAAGGAGAAGGAUAUUGACGUCCGUAAUCAAAUUGCCCGGAUGUUGAUUGUCAAUGGAAUGGUGUUCUUCUUUUGCUUGGCGCCCUUUGAGUUGGUAUCUCUCUUUUCAAUGGUUGAUACCCUAAGUAACAGUUCUACCUAUAUCCUGUCUAUGGAGACUGAGUUAAUUCUGAACCACAUCGGACGGGUGCUUGCUUACUUCAACUCUGCCGUCAAUCCUUUAAUUUAUACGGCCAUGAGUAGCCGUUACCGACAGGCUUUCAAACAAGCCUUCUUACCCCAGAAAAGACGUGGUUUUUUUCGCGGGGUACGGACGUCAUUUAACCAUACGAUAUCGCACACGACGGAGACUCACGUAGACGAGACGCAAACGGAAUCAAAAUUCUGACAUAGACAACGAAAGACGUUAAAAUGACGCUAGUUUUGAAAGUUGGGCUGCACCCACAAAUGGAUAGCACUGAACCCAAUGUUUUUGUACUCGGUGUGUCCGUGUAAAAGUGGUUUAACAAACACCAUAAAAUGAGCACUUAACGUUAAAAAUCACAACAUCAUCGUUGAUCGUCGUUUGAUGUUAAUGUAAUAAAAUGGUAUGGGUUAAUACUUCUCAUAAUGGCACCUGCAAAAUUGAUGUUACGCACUGAAUAUGUUGAUUGUUCCUUUUGGAACAAAUACUUGGUGUGUCAUUGUGGGGGGGGGGGGGUGUCUGUCGCCACAGCUGGCGUGCUGAUUGUUUCUACCUCCUUUUGUUUCUUUCGAUGAGGAAAUAAUGUUCCAAAACAACUUAUUUACUUCAUACAGAUUUUUCUCAAAUUAAAAAAAGGGACACAUUGCGUUAUACUGUCGUAAUAUUGUAGUGUUGGGAGUGACCGCGAUACGCAUUUAAAACUUUGUUCAUUCCCUGAAAAUAUCUACCGUGUGAUGUCUAGUGAAAAGUGAUUAAACAAAAUCCGUAAAUGUGCUUCUUAUAACACAACCAGGAGUCGACAAUUUUGUUCUAUAAAAUGAUGAACCGUGUUAUGUCUUGCAAUUGCACACAAAUUGCACAUUUCCAAUGUAUAUUAUUUUGAAUCAUUAAUAUCUUACCAUUCGUACAAAAACAAUACUUUUGAGAGCCCAAAGCGGCCUAAUCGAAGGAAACAUACCCCUUUAAAUUAGCAUAAUAUUUUUAUGGCAACAUUUAAUUACCUACCAUGUGCUCAAACCAUCGAUAUUUUGUACAUCUAGUUGUGAUUAUUUUUAUUAUAAUUUUGUUCGUGAAGAGUUGUUUAUUUAAUUGAUUGAAUAUUAAAAAGUAUUAUACGGGAUUUGUAGAGCUGGCUAAAUCAUUUAUACGCAGUUAGUGUUUAUGUGUUGUGUGGAUCCGAACUUUGCUUGGUUCUGGGGUUUUAAAGCUUUUCCAGGUUUUGCCGAACGUUACUUCCAAGGAAAAUAUUUUACAGAAAAUAAAUUAAGUAGGAAUUCAUAAUCGGAGUUAAAUGGUUUCAGAUUACCAAUCCUGUAUAAUACCUUUAAUAAAAUAGCAAUAUUUGAAGGCACAACUGUUAAAUUGUUAGCAUAUAAACUUACCUGGUACUGCGUAAUGGAGUAACGUAGUUGUUUUGAGAAAGAGUAAAUUUCUCACUGAAAUAAUAUUAGCGUGGGUAAUGUCAAAGACCAGUAUUCUCAUAUAUUUAACGUGGUUUUACUAUCACCUCAAAAAGAAAACAACAAAAGAAAAAAAACAAUAACAUUAAAAGAGAACUUGCCUACAACCAGCAAUUAUGUAAAUUGCCUCGUGUGGCCUGACCGAUGAUUGGUCAAACAUGUUGACAUCGAACCAAAUAAUGGCUGCCUCUAUAAUCGAAACAGGAUAUUAAAGUUUAAUGGAGAGUGAAGCCAAACUAAUUAUGUUGUGUUACCUAUGCUCAAACCACUACACUGAAAGGAAUUUAUAAUUGUACCAUCCAAAAGCUAACGAUAAACCAUUGAAGCUUGCACUCCUUACUUGUUGUAUGAUAAAAAGGGGUGUUUUCCGCUCCACUUAUUUUGAUUAAUUAACAGUGGUUGAAAGAAAAUUUAUAUACACUAAUACACUGGACACUAUUGGUAAUUACUCAAAAUGGUUGUUAGCAUAAAGACAUACUGUAACAAGAAUGGAGGGUUGCUGAUAUUAUAUAGUAUAAAACACUAUUAGUCACUUAUUUUAUAUUUUUUUGAAAGAUGUUAUUUGUUACUCAAAUAU